AUGCAUCUUUCGCUAUACGGUCUUCUGGCCUCAUUGGCACUGCAAGGACUUCCGUAUCAAGUCCACGGACGAGCUCUUCCGGACAAAGUACUAGGAGCUUGCGAUGGAGAGAAUUGUCCCUCGUCAUCAUUCACGUUCGAGCCUCGUGCCUGGAGUGCAGGACAUCCGCAAGAUUCAAACCUCCUAGUCGAUGACGUACCCGAGGGGCUGAGUCCAGAAGACUCCUUCGACAGAAUCGUCGUUAGACGAGCAAAGUCUCCAGGUAGUUCCUCACUAGACACCAGUAGUCCAAACAGUCCAAAUAGUCCCAGCACAAACAACGACCCUCUGAAUCCUGCUCCCCCACCUCAAGCAUCUGGACAGCCCGGCAGCCCUCUACUUCUGAGCGACUCUGCCCAGCCAUCUAAUCCCGGAGCGCCUCUCAUCCUCUCUAGUGCCCCUGCAGCAGCAGCAAGUGAUGAACCGGAUGCUUCCGCCAGUGCGUCUAACCCUGUGCAAGCCACUCCGGCCACUGCAAGUGCCGGUGGUUCUCCGACCGAAGUUUGCAAGCGAAGCACCUCCGGUCUCGGUCGUCGCUGCCCGCCUCCUGACCCUGAUGAUGCGAGCGCAUUAGAGAGUGGCGACAGGAGCGACCCGCCGAAUGUUCCACAAGAAUCGAGGCCCAAUCCGAACAAUUGGUAUUUCAAGAACAAUGCGCCUGAUCUGAAAUUUCCCUCUUAUCACGACAACUAUAAAAUUGCAAAAUUCGAAGACUUGCCAAACGGAAUUUUCAGCCAAUCCGACAGCGGGAUAGGGCGACAGACCAUUCGAAAUAUCUUCGACUCCAUCGACCCAAGUAUAUCUAACCCAGGACCUGCAGGCAGAACAAACUUUGUGUCCUCAAAGACCCCUGCGGACUCCAAGCCGAUGCAGCAGAACACUUUCUCCGAGGACGGAAGGAUCAUCGUCGCUGAAUUUAACGACGUCAACCUAGACGGUAACCAAAAGCUCUCCAGAGUCAGAUGGAACCGUCUCAUUGUCGAGCAGUAUCAAGAAUUGAUGAAGGAGCGUGGCUUGGGGACUGCCAACUUGCAGCCCAUGGGCCGUAACCAGAUCGAUAAUACUGCCACGAAGACCACUUUGCAGACAGCGAUCAGGAAUGUUUACGCUCGUGACAGUGCAGUCGAGGACCUCGACGAAGACCAAGUCUUCAGAUUCAGGUCAGACUCCGACAAUCCAGACGAAAAGAAAGCUUUCGAUGCCUUGAGCUUCUCCGACAAUGUCAACGGUGUUUGGUGGAUGUUGACCGAGUCUUAUCAGACUCUGGGAAAGAAGAGAAUCACUGCAAUAUAUGGCAGGCUUGAUGCAGGGAAUCCAGAAAAUAAAGAGUUGCUGGCUGAUUUGGUGCUAGAAUUUGGGCCCGCCUGA